AUGGCCCCGAUUUGGGAUAUUCCUGACCCGGCAUCGGCAUGCCCUCGCUUGAGAAAGUGGGUCCAUGCUGUGCUCGAAAAAUUCUGGGGUGGACAGGGUUACCUACCCGAAAAGCUACUCGAGGAAGAGCCCAGCAUUCCGGCCACUACCCUCGGGGCUCUCGCCAACGUAUUCAUCCUUGCUUCAUCCCGCAAUAUGCAAUGCCAGUCUCUAUGGGAGGAAGGCGGAGUUCUCCAUGAAUGUUGGGUGGAAAACGAGGAGGUGCUGUCAUGGGCGAUGUGCCUCAAUGCGCAAAUCAAACUCCAGUCUGCUCUGGGGAUCGAUUGCAGCGGGGACGAGAAACAGCCUCGGUGCGACAUGGGCGAGUUCAGAGAGCUCGGCGGCCCAGAAAACGAAUACGCCGAUAUGGCAACGAAACUCUCAAACUUCAUUGCAGAACUCGAAAGAAAAUUCGAGUCGGCGAAAGAACCCCUUCCUGCACCGGGACAAGAUGCGGAGUUGCUACAAGCGCAGCGGGAGGACAAAACAAACAUCAACAGCGCGAUCCGGCUUCCAAUAGCCGAUUUCAUCCUCGAGCACCAGCUUCACUGCUGUGGGGGUGGUCACUGA